UGCCAGGUGGUGCCUUGGGUUCCAGGCUGAGCCCAUAACCCCGAUAACCUUCUGCCUGCGCACAUACCUGCCCCUCACUCCACCCCAUCCCUGCUUUGCUAUCAGGGAGGGGGCACAGGGCCAGACAGACCCACAGGACUUUGGCUCCAUCUCUACAAAAGGGCCUUCUGUGAGUCAGCCUGCUCCCCUCCAGGCUUGCUCCUCCCCAACCCAGCUCCUGUUUCCAAUGCACGUACAGCCCGUACACUCAUACCGUGUCCAGGACACCCCACAGUCAGCCACAUGGCUCCCCUGUGCCCCAGCCCCUGGCUCCCCAUGCUGAUCCCGGCCCCUGCCCCAGGCCCAGCUGUACAGCUGCUGCUGUUACUGCUUCUCCUGCUUCCUGCCCAUCCUUGGAGCACGCAGGGGGCUCCCACCACGGGAGGAGAUUCGUCUGGGGAAGAUGAUCCACUGGGUGAGGAGGACCUGCCCAGUGAAGAGGACCCACCUGGAGAGGAGGACCCAUCUGGAAUGAAGACUGAACCAGGAGAAGAGGAUUCUCUGAAGUCAGAGGAUCUACCUACUGCUGAGGCUCCCAGGGAUACUCAGGGAGCCCAGAAUAAUGCCCACAGAGACAAAAAAGGGGAUGACCACAGUCAUUGGCGCUAUGGAGGCCCCCCGCCAUGGCCGCAGGUGUCCCCAGCCUGCGCAGGCCGCUUCCAAUCCCCAGUAGACAUCCGCCCGGAGCUCACCGCCUUUUGCCCCGCCCUGCGACCCCUAGAACUCCUUGGCUUUGAGCUCCGGCCACUCCCAGAACUGCGCCUGCUCAACAAUGGCCACACGGUGCAGCUGAGUCUGCCUCCCGGGCUGGAGAUGGCCCUGGGCCCCGGGCAGGAGUAUCGGGCCCUGCAGUUGCAUCUGCACUGGGGGGCUGCGGGUCGCCCGGGCUCGGAGCACACGGUUGGCGGUCACCGUUUCCCUGCCGAGAUCCACGUGGUUCACCUCAGCACUGCAUUUGCCAAUGUUGACGAGGCCUUGGGGCGCCCGGGGGGCUUGGCCGUGUUGGCUGCCUUUCUGCAGGAAGGUCCAGAAGAGAACAGCGCCUACGAACAGUUGCUGUCACAUUUGGGAGAAAUUGCUGAGGAAGACUCAGAGACCUGGGUCCCAGGACUGGACGUAUCUGCACUGCUGCCCUCUGACCUCAGCCGCUACUUCCGAUAUGAGGGGUCUCUCACCACACCCCCCUGUGCCCAGGGAGUCAUCUGGACUGUGUUCAACCAGACAGUAAAGCUGAGUGCUAAGCAGCUCCACACCCUCUCUGACUCCCUGUGGGGACCUGACGACUCUCGGCUCCAGCUGAACUUCCGAGCGACACAGCCUUUGAAUGGGCGAAUAAUUGAGGCUUCCUUCCCUGUCGGAGUGGACAGCAGCCCUAAGACCUUUGAGCCAGUCCACCUGAAUUCCUGUCUCGCUGCUGGUGACAUCCUGGCCCUGGUUUUUGGCCUCCUCUUUGCUGUUACCGGCAUUGCCUUCCUUGUGCAAAUGAGAAGGCAGCAAAGACACCCAAGUGGGACCAAAGGGAAUGUUAGCUACCACCCAGCAGAAGUCACUGAGACUGUUGCCUAGAGGCAUGCAACUUGGAGAAUGUGCAGAGAAGCCAGCCAGAGGAAUCUGAGGGGGAGCUGGAGACUUUGUCCUGCCUAUUACACUACUUCCUUUUUAAAUCUCCAAAGAUAUUUUUAAAAUAAACAUUUCUAAUAAAAUAUGUGGGAGGCACUCUUGUUCCCCAAAUCAAAA